CCCUUGCUGGACCUACGGCUCCCAUUGCCUCCGCGGCCUCGUAAACCUGACGACGACGAUAUACUUGACGGCGUAAUGAUCCACAGACGAUGGUAUCACUUUAUACCGCUUUUCAUCGCGUUCGUCAUGAUGCUAGCUCCCCAUCCAUCCCUCCUGGCAAUAUUUGUCAACUACUACUAUCGCGUGCAUGAUGCACCGCUACGCGGAUUCGUGCAUAUGCUUGUCAUCUACACCCUCACGUUUCUCGCUAUAUCCUCCUUAAUCGUCGUACUCGCGCGCGACCCUGGCCCGGUCACUGGCGACAAGAAUCAAGGAGAGGAAGGGGGUGACGGGGCUGACGGAGAGGGCGAGAGCUUUUUGGAUGCGCUACUAGCACCGCCAGAAGGGGAGGCAGCUCACGGGCCCGGACGAUGGUGCAAGAGGUGCUCUGCCCCCAAGCCCGAGCGCGCCCACCAUUGCGGAACAUGCGGGAGAUGUGUGCUGAGAAUGGACCAUCAUUGCAUGUGGCUGGGACAUAAAUGCAUUGGUCACCGGACACACGCGUCGUUCGUGCAUUUCCUCUUCUGCGUUACCGCGCUCGCGGCAUAUGUCGCAAUCCUUUGCUCGACUGUGGUCUAUUGGGCGUUUACCCACCCCCUCAACAUCGACGAAACCACGCCAAUCCAUGCCAUAUCUUUGGCGCUUUAUGGCAUGGUCAUUGCAAUGGUCAUCGGCUCGUUCUUUGGCUGGCACCUGUACCUCAUCACGUCCAACCAGACCACGAUAGAGUCGCUCUCUCCGUUCUGGCUACUGCGACACAUCCCUCCUCUGCCGGACAAUGCCGACUCGCGUAGGCUGUCGAACCCUCCGCUAGAGCACGAGCUGUCGUUCGAACAGCGGAUGCUAGUACGCGACGCCCACCGCCAUAUACGCCUGUACGACAUCGGCGCGCGGAACAACUGGGCCCAGGUGUUCGGAUGGUCGCGUCCGUGGGGUUGGCUUUAUCGCUUAGCCAUUGGGGGUGGCUGCACGGGCGAUGGGCGCAGCUUUCCCCGCAACCCUCGGUCGGACGAGAUGCUAUCUCGCCUAGCCGCUGGGCUUGUGAGCGCGGACAAGGAUCGCUGAUCUUCGCCGUCCCCGAGGCUAAGCCUGUUGUAUACCCCCACAUGCUAAUGGAUGAGAU